GGACCUUCAGCCUCUGCUACUCAUUACCCCUUGAGGGCCCUUGGUCCGUGGCACUAUAAUAGUUAUAACAGCUUAAAGAUAAGUCCCGCCUAGUUGAUCGGGCCUAUCUAACCUAUGUAAGUAAGGUACAAUACCUGUGGUAGGGAUCAUAUCUUUCCAAGUUAUCUUUACGAUAACAAAUAAAAUCAUGAACCCACCUUCUCCGCAACUCACUAAUCCUCAAGAGGCAACGGUCGACCCCGAUCCUGCGGUUUAGGAAGGCCGACCAGGUGUGAAGUUCCCACUAAACCCCAACAAGGCGGAGAAGAACAAAAACGCUCUAUCUCUUAUACAAGGUAGGUUACCUCUGUACGUAAUACCACUAUUUAAUAAGAUCUAGAUAGCCCUCCUGAUAGUAAAUCUAGAAGCUUUCGAUAUUUUUACAUACAUUAGGUACAUAUCAUGUGCUGCUGAGCGCGUCUUACUUGCAUUGCGCAUUGCAGGUUGCACAUUGCACGUUGCAUCUCACAUUCCCUACCGUAUGUGCCAAUCGCUUAUCGCUUAUACAUUCGUUCUCUUUGUUGCGUCCAUGCGAGAAAGAUCCGUGCAAGUGUUUUUUAAGUAAAAGUAACCUCCUUUGGUCCUUUCUAUCGCAUGAUAUCGCAAUAUUCGAAUCCGUCUUGCGAGAGUGGAAAAUGGGCCGUCAAAGUGAAGAGGUGGCGUAUGCCACGGGAGACUCCAGCCGUGUUGAGUCUGAACCGAAAGGCGAUGUGAUUGACCGCACCACGUCGAAUCGGGUCGGGGAGAUGAACCUCGAGAGCGGUCAUCAGCUCAAGAGGGGGCUCAAGAGUCGACAUAUUCAAUUCCUCGCUCUCGGAGGCGCCAUCGGAACCGGUCUGUUCGUCGGCUCCGGCCAGAUCCUAGCCACCACGGGCCCGGCGCCGCUGUUCAUGGCGUACCUAUCAAUGAUGUUCGUGGUCUGGGUCAUCAUGAACAAUCUCGCGGAAAUGGUGACGUACCUACCCAUGAAGGGCAUCUCGAUCCCGUACUUCGUCGGCCGCUUCGUCGAACCCAGUCUCGCCUUCGCCGACGGCUGGAACUACUGGUACGCCUACGCCAUGCUGCUCGCCGCCGAGUGCACGGCCGGCGCUAUAAUCCUGCAGUACUGGACCACUGCCGUCCCCGUAGCCGUCUGGAUCGCCAUCCAGCUCAUCGUCAUCUUGCUGCUGAAUAUCGUCGCCGUUUCCUUCUUCGGCGAGGCGGAGUUCUGGUUCGCGAGUGUGAAGCUUAUUACUAUAACCGGCUUGAUCAUCCUGGGUAUCGUCCUCUUCUUUGGCGGCGGGCCAACACACGAUCAUCUGUACUUUAGGUACUGGCAGGAACCAGGGGCUUUCCACCCGUAUCUGGUGGAGGGGAAUACUGGUCGGUUCUUGGCUUAUUGGACGGCCUUUGCGCGCGCUGGAUUCUCGUUCGUCACGUCGCCUGAACUUAUCGCGCUCUCGGCGGGCGAGACCGUCGCACCGCGGCGCAACAUCCCUAAGGCGGCGCGCCGCUUCGUGUGGCGAUUGGCUGUAUUCUACGGCUUGGGAUCUCUUGUCAUUGGCAUUAUCGUCCCUUACGAUGAGAAGAACCUAACGGGCGAGUCGAACGCGACGGCUAGCCCCUUCGUCCUCGGCAUCUCGCGCGCCGGAAUUAGGGGGCUCAACCAUGUUAUCAACGCUGCGGUUCUUACUUCGGCUUGGUCUGCCGGUAACGCGUUCUGCUAUUCGGGAUCGCGUGUGCUCUACUCCAUGGCGAUCAACGGCCAAGCGCCGCGGUGGUUCGGGCGUACCACGCGGCGGGGUGUGCCGUAUGUGGCGGUACUUUUCACCCUGCUGGUUGCGUGUUUAGCCUUUCUCAACGUGUCCAACUCGGGUGCGCAGGUGUUCCAGUGGUUCACCAACAUCUCGACCAUCUCCGGCUUCAUCGCGUGGAUCGUGGUCAUGAUCACAUACAUACGAUUCCGGAAGGCCAUGGAACACCACGGAUUACUCGACGCGUUACCGUACCGGACGCCGCUGCAGCCGUACGCCACAUACGUCGUGCUAUUUAUUAUCGUGAUCCUGACCCUAACCAACGGGUUCCAGGUCUUUUUCCCAUCGGAGUGGAGCGUGUCCAACUUCCUCGCCGCCUACAUCACCAUCCCGAUCUUCCUGGUACUGUACUUCGCGCACAAGAUCUUCUACCGUACGCCCUUAGCGAUUAAAAUCGAGGACGUGGAUGUCUGGACGGGUAAGAAGGAGAUGGAUGAUCUGAGCGCGGCGGAGGAGGAGCGGGUGCCGCGGAAUUGGUAUGAGAAGGUGUGGUUUUGGCUUGCUUGAUUUGCUUUUGCUUGCUGGUGAUACGAGGCGGGGUAGUGGGUUUAUGUAUGAUACCUCAAAAGGGAGAAUCUUGAAUAGAUACCCAUGCAAGAUAGAUUUAGAAAGAUUUAAGUCCAAAC